GGUUAUUAAAAAAAUCUUACAAGAUAUAUAUGAUUUUAAAUUAUUAAUUAUUAAUUGUGAAUACUUACAAAAAGCUAUUGAAUAUGCAUAUAUUCAGGCAUAUAAUCUCAUACAACAAAAAGUAGGUGAU